CCUGGCGCGGCGCAGCGGCCGCUUCAAAGCGGGCGGGCGGGCAGGCGGCGGCAGCGCGGCGGUUAAUGGCGGCUGCCUGACUGCGGGGCGCGCCCGCCCUCACCCCACCUUCCUCCUUCUCCUCCUCCUCCUUCGCCUCCUCCGCCCCCCCGCCGCAGAAAAAGCCCGGGAGCGGCUCCCGCUGUCCACACACCGGCUCUGCGGCAGGGCACAAGACCAUGCUUGAGGCGACGGCCGUGCCCUGCAGCGGCUCCGCGGGCUAGCGUGGGCCGCCCUGUGCCGGCGAGAGGCUGGAGCCCAGGACUGCUCUGCAAUGACUACAGCAAGAUACAGACCUACCUGGGACUUGGUUCUUGACCCAUUAGUGUCCUGCAAGCUUUGCCUUGGUGAAUACCCUGUGGAGCAGAUGACAACCAUAGCACAAUGUCAGUGCAUCUUCUGCACCCUGUGCCUAAAGCAGUAUGUGGAGCUUCUGAUCAAAGAAGGCCUAGAAACAGCCAUCAGCUGCCCUGAUGCUGCCUGCCCCAAGCGAGGCCAUCUGCAAGAGAAUGAGAUUGAGUGCAUGGUGGCUUCAGAAAUCAUGCAGAGGUAUAAGAAGCUCCAGUUUGAAAGAGAAGUGCUUUUGGAUCCCUGUCGGACUUGGUGUCCAUCCUCUACGUGCCAGGCAGUUUGCCAGCUCCAGGAGCCAAGCCCACAGGACCCCCAGCUGGUCCAGUGCAAAGCCUGUGACAUUGAGUUCUGCUCUGCUUGCAAAUCUAACUGGCACCCAGGCCAAGGCUGCCAGGAGAACGUGCCAGUCUCCUUCCUGCCAGGAGAAGCAAGCUCGGUUCUGAAGGAGGAAGAUGACGAUGAUGAUGCUCCCAUCAAACGCUGCCCCAAGUGCAAAGUUUACAUCGAGCGGGAUGAGGGCUGUGCCCAGAUGAUGUGCAAGAACUGCAAACAUGCCUUCUGCUGGUACUGCCUGGAAUCUCUGGAUGAUGAUUUCCUCCUCAUACACUAUGACAAAGGACCUUGCAGGAACAAGCUGGGACACUCCAGGGCAUCUGUUAUCUGGCACAGAACCCAGGUGGUUGGAAUCUUUGCAGGAUUUGGCCUUCUCCUUUUGGUGGCCUCCCCUUUCCUUCUCCUUGCCACACCAUUUGUUCUGUGCUGCAAGUGCAAAUGCAACAAAGGAGAUGAUGACCCUCUGCCUACCUAAAGGGAGAGGAGAUUGGACUCAUCCCAGCAUACUCUUUGAUUUUCUCCUUGCUGUUGGUGUUUCCCUCUUGCUGUAGCCUUACUUGCCCCCUUCUGCUUUUCAUUGACACACAGUCUUGGUUCCAGGAGCUGUUGUUACUGCUCUUGGGUGGAUCAAUUGAUAGUAGGCAAGGAGGGCUGUGGAAGGCAAGUUUGGUGCUAAAGAGAGGCCAUGAACCUGGGUAAGCAUCUGAGCUGAAGAGUAUCAACUGCUGAGACCAGUGCUCGAGGUUUGCUGCUGCUCUACUGGUGGACUGGGAAUAGUAGUAGGCAAGAGGGUCCUGGAAGGCAGGUUUGGUGCUAAAGAGAGGCCAUGGACCUGGGCAAGCAUCUGAGCUGAAGAAUAUCAACUGCUGAGACCAGUGCCAGAAGUUUCUGCUGCUCUACUGGUGGACUGGGAACUGUGCUGAGCAACAACACAAGCUGAAGAUGCCUACAAAGCUCAACUUCUGCAUCUCUCCUCACUGUCAGAGCUGUUGUCUUAAUCUUUUCAGUUGCCUGUCAUUGAAAUCAAAGUCAGCCUGGAGUGACCUGACCAAUGUUUGUCACCUUUCUGUCCUGCCCAAGCCAUCACAGUGUCCUUCUCAGUCCCCUGAUUAUUUCCAGGUAGAACAGAAUCAAUAAGGUGCAUAUAGGUCACCCUAUGCCUUUGGGAAGGCUUAGAAGGGAGGAAGUUGGUCCUGUUGCCUUCCAGCUUAGGAAAUCUGGGAAGAAACUGACCUGAUGGAAAGCUGUUUGGUGAAGCUGUGAGCUUGAGUGGUGACCCAAACCUGCUGCCUAAGCAAGGUCCAUUCCAAAAUGCUCCUGUGGUGUUGGUUACCACUUGGAGCACUGCUGGGUUGAUUGGAGGUUUUUUUGAGUUGUUUUGGUCUGAGUUGUGGUUUUGUUUUGCUGUUGGUUUAGGGCUCUGCUACAUUUAGAGGGCUAAAGUAACUUCUAAUCCAGGUACCUUCAUCUUUGUUUUCUAUAGGUAGAGAUAGAAUCCUACUUAAACCAAAUCUGUACAUAGCUGUGCUCUUGAGGUGCUCAGCAUGGAAAUACUUUGGACCCUUCCAGGCAGCUUUGCUGCUGCUGGCCUUGGGCUCAAUAGAAUGGUUAGAAACAAACCUUCAGCUCAUCCAGCCCAACCAUCCUCUAACUGCCCAGGCUGGGGCUUAAGCCAUGCCCCCAGCACCAUAGAAUCAUAGAAUCAAGCAGGUUGGAAGAGACCUCCAGGAUCAUCCAGUCCAACCUAGCACUCAGCCCUGUCCAGUCAACCAGACCAUGGCACUAAGUGCCCCAGCCAGGCUUGGCUUCAACACCUCCAGGCAUGGGGACUCCACCACCUCCCUGGGCAGCCCAUUCCAAUGCCAAUCACUCUCUCUGCCAACAACUUCCUGAUAUCCAGCCUGAAUCUGCUGUGGCACAGCUUCAGGCUGUGUCCCCUUCUUCUGUUGCUGGUUGCCUGGCAGCAGAGCCCAACCCCACCUGGCUACAGCCUCCCUGCAGGGAGCUGCAGACAGCAAUGAGGGCUCCUGUGAGCCUCCUCUUCUGCAGGCUGCACACCCCCAGCUCCCUCAGCCUCUCCUCAUAGGGCUGUGCUCCAGGCCCCUCCCCAGCCUUGCUGCCCUGCUCUCAGCACCUUCCAGCACCUCAACAUCUCUCUUCAAUUCAGGAGCCCACAACUGGACACAGGACUCCAGGGGCAGCCUGAGCAGUGCUGAGCACAGGGGCCGAAUAACCUAGAAUCAUAGCAUCAGCUCUGCCUCUUUCAAACCCCUCCAGGAGAUGGGUAUUCAACCACCUCCCUGGGCAGACUGUGCCAGGCUUUGGGAACCCUUUCACUCAAAAAGUUUCUGCUCAUCUCCAACCUAAACCUUCCCUGAGGCAACUUGAGGAAACCCUCUCCUCCUAUGGCUUGUUAGUAUGGAGAAGAUACCAACAUCCAGGCAUGGAGAUUCAACCACCUUCAGGGACAAUGAUUCAGUCACCUCCAGGGAUAGAGAUUCAACAGCCUCCAGGGAUGGGAAUUCAACAGCCUCCAGGGAUGGGAAUUCAACAGCCUCCAGGGAUGUGGAUUCAACAACCUUCAGGGAUCUGGAUUCAGCCAGCUGCCUGGGCAGCCUCUUCCAGUCUUUGAGAACCCUUUCAGUCAGCAGGUUUCUUCUCAGCCUUCAGAGGAAGAGCAUCCACAACCUCUCUGGGCAGCCUGUGCCAGAGUUUCACCACCCUCAGACUGAAGAACUUCUUGGAAGACCUAAGCCCACAGCUGACUGCUCAGUGAAAACCUCUCUUGCUCCUGGAGCUGCUGGGGUGAAGUUGUGGUAGAUCAGCCAGCAGAUGAAGUGCUUUGGUCAUGGGCAGGGAAAUAAAGCUGAGCUGUAUUUCUUGUCUGACUGCAA